CUCCCAGAGGGAGCUGUGAAGCCUCCAGCAAACAAAUAUCCUAUCUUCUUUUUUGGCACCCAUGAAACGUCCCAAAGACCUUUUUCCAUAUAAGGAAUACAAAGACAAGUUUGGAAAGUCAAACAAACGGAAAGGAUUUAAUGAAGGAUUGUGGGAAAUAGAGAAUAACCCAGGAGUGAAGUUCACUGGAUACCAGGCAAUUCAGCAACAGAGCUCCUCGGAAACGGAGGGAGAAGGUGGAAAUACUGCAGAUGCGAGCAGUGAGGAGGAAGGGGAUAGAGUGGAAGAGGAUGGAAAAGGCAAAAGAAAGAAUGAAAAAGCGGGCUCUAAACGGAAAAAGUCCUACACUUCAAAGAAAUCCUCUAAACAGUCCCGGAAGUCUCCAGGAGAUGAAGAUGACAAGGACUGCAAAGAAGAGGAGAACAAAAGCAGCUCCGAGGGUGGAGACGCCGGCAACGACACAAGAAACACAACUUCAGACUUGCAGAAAACCAGUGAAGGGACCUAACUACCAUAACGAAUGCUGCAUAUUAAGAGAAACCACAAGAAGGUUACACACUUGGUUGUCUAAUAAUCUCGGAUUUGAUAUGAACCAACACAUACUCCUUGUUGUCAUUGACAGAGCCCCAGUUUGUAUGUACAUUAUUCACACUCCUCUCUGUUGUGUUUGGGGGAAAAAAAGACAUUUUAGCCUUUUUUAAGGUUAUUUGAUUUCAUGUUAUUUGGUUGCAUGAAGUUGCCCUUAACCACUAAGGAUUAUCAAGAUUUUUGCACAAACUUCUACAUGUCUAGGAUCCUUUUAUCAAGGUGGCUGUGUUCACCAUUCUCCUGCCUUGACUCCACUAUCACCAGAGGCUCAGUUAAAGAUAAAUUAGCAUUUUCUUAAAACGACCACUCCACAUAAUGCUUAAGGGAUUUCUUCUCUGUGACAGAACCCAGGAACCGGUUCCUAAACACAUAACGUUGGCAUAUUGAAGAUAAAAUUGAAAUUGUCCUUCAGUUUUGAGGCCAUGUGUAAAGUUUAACCAUAUUGUAAAAUAUCUAUUCCGUAUUAGAAAUAGCUAGUCAACAGCUUAUACUUCUCAAAACUCAUACUGUUAUGUACACAAACUCAGUUUUUAUAUGUGAAGUUAGUGAGUCCUUUUGUGUUAUUCCAAAAUAAAGGCAAGGAUUUAUUUUUUCCCAAUGCCAGUACAAUUUGAGCUAAUCACUCAAGGGUGGAUACUUUACAUUUUAAAGCUGGAAUCAGCAGUAGCCCUAUGGGAAACCAGACAAAGCAUUGACUUUUAAAUGAACCAUUGUUUUCUUUUGGAGCUAGAGUUAGAAUAGUUGAUACUCAUCCACAAACCAUUAUUACGUGUACAUUAUUGUUGCUAUUGUGAGAAUAGAGAAUUUUAUUUAUUUUUCUGCCAGCUUAUAUUGUGAGAGCUCAUUUGGUCAGUUUGGGUUUCACCAAUCCUGUUAUGCUUGUCCUUGGACCACCUUUCGCGUAUUCGAGGUUUGUAGU